UGCAGCAGCGCGCGGUGGCAAGCAGCUUACAGCGGAGAAACACAGAAGCAUAUAGAGGGAAUAGAGCCAGUGUAACACACUCUCUCUCUCUCUCUCUCUCUCUCUCUCUCUCUCUCUCUCUCUCUCUCUCUCUCUGAUCCUCUGGAGAAGUGAGCUGCAGUUCUUCCGGUGUUGGCUGGUGCGCAGCUGAAGCGCAAGAGAGUCACCAAGAACCAACAGCACUGAGACCCGGAUAUGACAGACUGACAGUACUUUCUUACUUAUUCAUAACCACAGUCGCCUAUGGCUCUGAAAGAGAGACCCCUCAGUUGGGGGUUCGUGCUGUGUUCUAUGACAUGGACCUUAGCUUGGACAUUUACACCAGAUGAGGGGUCUUCAGUCAGUCCAAUAUUGGCUAAUGAGACAUGGAUGAACAACACUGAGACCCCCACCACCAAUUACACAGCAGCAGUCCUGAGCUGCGCCUCACUGCUUCCCCCUCGGCGAGGUUCUUUCUAUGUAGAAAAAGGCUCUGGAAUGUCUGUGGGCUCAGUGUUGGUGUUCUGGUGUCUUGAGGGACACCAGCUGGUGGGUAGUGAGAAAAUUUCCUGCAUCCUGCACAGAGACAUCCCUCAGUGGAGCAACUACCCUCCUGACUGUGAAGCCAUUCCCAAACCAGAGGACCACGGGCUGAGAGUGGCCGUUCUGGCAUCGGUAGUGAGUUGCAUCGUCAUCCUCGCCAUGUCUGUGUCCUUCAUCAUCUGCUGCCUGCAGGAGCGCAUAAGCACAGAGAGGACAGACAGCAGGAGCAGGACCAGAGACAAGCGUAAAUCGUCCUGGAGAAGUGAGUGCUGGUUGGAGCGAGAGGAGGGCGACUGGGAGGCUUUUCCUCCGCCCAAAAUUUACAAUCUAUCCCAACACCUUGACCCCCAUUUGUCCCUUGACAGCCCAGUCUAUAUGGGAGGGUUAGCUGGUUAUGAUAACCGUGGCUAUCAGAGGAGUCAGGAAAAUCUCCUAAAGGCUCCUCUUCCUGGACUCUAUCGUACGGAGAGUCAGGUGUAUCCACAUGUGGUCCUGCAGAGGGUUCCCACACCCACGGUUCCCACUGCACCAGCUGCACCCAGUGUGCCUGUCUACCUCCGCCUUUCCACACCUCCAUCCACAGAAAGCCACAUCGAACAGCUCAUUCUGCCUCCAUACCCCAAACCCUCUUACCACGGCCCCAGUGGCACACCACAGCAUCCAUGGCCAUAGAAACUUGUUUUUGUGUAUACAGAACUUUUACAACAGUUACCAUGAAGAUGGCUUAUAGCCGGCUCCUGAGAAAAAGUCCAGGGAUAAUGGAGAAAAGAUGGCAUAGGUUUGGACUAUUUGGACAAAUCGGAAUAAUCACCUCCUCUUUAUCUUUUUGUCUAUCUUUUUUUGUCACUCAAAAAGAGUUGUGUAAUAUCACACUAUAAGGUCAAUUUUAACAAUUUUUUUAUGGAAAUAUACUGUAGGACAGUUACACAGAUGUCCACAUAUGGAAAGACCUUGGAAUUUCAUCAACCUAAUCUUAAAGUAAUAGUUUACCCAAAAAUGAAAAUUCUCACAUCAUUU